UUAAAUUGGUUAUUGGAAAGAAAAUAAGCAUGGCUUCCAACCCAGCCAACCCUGCUAACCACCUGCCAUACUUCUUUGGCAAUAUUACACGUGAGGAGGCUGAAGAGUAUCUGAUGCAAGGAGGAGUGAGUGAUGGACUGUUCCUGCUCCGCCAAAGUCGAAAUUACCUUGGUGGCUUUGCCUUAUCUUUGGCCCAUGGAAGGAAAGUUCAUCACUAUACAAUUGAGAGGGAGCACUCGGAAGAAGCCGAUGGCCUUAUCUGUCUGCUGAGAAAACCUUUCAAUCGACCACCAGGUGUGGAGCCUAAAACAGGACCAUUUGAAGAUUUGAAGGAGAACCUCAUCAGAGAGUAUGUCAAACAAACCUGGAACCUGCAGGGUGAUGCUCUUGAACAAGCUAUCAUUAGUCAAAAACCUCAGCUGGAGAAACUGAUUGCCACUACAGCCCAUGAGAAGAUGCCUUGGUUCCAUGGGAAGAUCUCUCGGGAAGAAUCAGAACACCGGAUCCUUGUAGGGUUAAAAAACAAUGGAAAAUUUUUAAUCAGAGAAAGAGAUAACAGUGGUUCCUAUGCUCUGUGUCUCCUCAAUGAUGGAAAAGUACUUCAUUACCGUAUUGACAGAGAUAAGACAGGAAAGCUCUCCAUACCAGAGGGGAAAAGAUUUGACACCCUUUGGCAGUUAGUGGAACAUUAUUCAUACAAACCAGAUGGAUUAUUAAGGGUUCUUACUAUUCCUUGUUCACGACUUGGCUCAGAAAAUGAUAAUAUUGUUUUCGAUGCUCGUCCUCCACAUCAUGGAGCCCCUUUUAAGAGUUGGGCAAGAGGUGGAAUUAUCUCAAGACUCAAAUCGUACACCUUUCCAAAGGCUGGCAGCAAAAAGCAACAGUCACCUAUUGCUUCCUCCACUGAUGAAGCAGCAUCUUUUAAUCCUUAUGUGCUCCAAAGAACAAGAACACUCAUGGGAGCUGAUAGAGCUGAUCAGAGAGAGGCCUUACCCAUGGACACUGAGGUCUACGAAAGUCCAUACGCUGAUCCAGAUGAAAUGAGACCAAAAAACGUCACUCUUGACAGGAAUCUGUUAAGCCUGGAGGAUGGUGAACUUGGCUCUGGCAACUUUGGUACCGUAAAGAAAGGGUUCUAUAAGAUGAAAAAGGGAUCUAAGCCAGUGGCUGUAAAAAUUCUUCAGAAUGAGAGUAAUGAUCCAGCCGUAAAGGAUGAAUUACUGCGAGAAGCAAAUGUAAUGCAGCAACUGGACAACCCAUAUAUUGUCCGAAUGAUAGGCAUAUGUGAAGCUGAAGCCUGGAUGUUAGUAAUGGAAAUGGCUGAACUUGGUCCCUUGAACAAAUUUUUGCAAAAAAAUCGACAUGUCACAGAAAAGAAUAUAACAGAGCUGGUACAUCAGGUUUCCAUGGGGAUGAAAUACCUGGAGGAGAGUAACUUUGUACACAGGGAUCUGGCUGCAAGAAAUGUACUAUUAGUCACCCAACAUUAUGCCAAAAUCAGUGACUUCGGACUUUCUAAAGCUCUCAGUGCUGAUGAAAGUUAUUACAAGGCACAAAGUCAUGGAAAGUGGCCAGUUAAGUGGUAUGCUCCAGAAUGCAUGAAUUUUUACAAGUUUUCUAGCAAAAGUGAUGUCUGGAGCUUUGGGGUUUUAAUGUGGGAAGCUUUUUCUUAUGGACAAAAGCCAUACAAGGGGAUGAAAGGUGGUGAAGUCGCACAGAUGAUUGAAAGAGGAGAACGAAUGGAGCGUCCCGAAGUCUGUCCAACUGAAGUCUAUGAUUUAAUGAAAUUGUGUUGGACGUAUAACAUUGAUGACCGACCAGGAUUUGUUGCAGUUGAGAUGAGAUUACGUAACUACUAUUAUGACAUUUCCCACUAACAGCACAAAGAACAGGAGUUUCCUCUGCCUUCAGCAAGCACCUUUUGA